AAUAAUUAACAAAGAAAUAAAAAUCCCAUAUAUUUUUAAACACAAAAAAAAUGUCUCGAUACAAAAUUAAAAAUAGUUUAUUGCCAAUAAUAUACACGCAAAAGAAAUUAAUUUUGCUGCUGCAAAUAAUUUUUGCUGGGCUCUCUGCUGCGCUUACCGUGGAUAAUCAAUUGGUGUCGACGCGAAGUGACUGCUUUGAGCGUAUCGCUUUGGAGGCUAUGCUGCCAUUUCAGAAGACAUUUCGCACCGAAGACACCAACUCGUUGAAGAUGUGCAAGGAGAAGUGCCUACAGGCCGGCGAUAAGUGUCAAUCCCUUUCAUUUGGUGUGCAUCGACGCGGAAACGGCACUUGUCAGCUGUCAACAGAAAAAUUCAGUUUGUCAGGCGGUCGGCCUAGUGGCAUUAUUUUCGAUCCCGAUUUCGAUUUGUAUGCGCGCAAAACGAACUGUUUCGAUCUAAGCGACAAUACCAUCACAGAUACAACAGUUGGUGGCAAUGAUGAAGAUGGCUAUGGUGGCUUGUUGCCUACACCCACAAUUCAGUUACCCAAUCGACCGGUGGAUCCAGGCACCACUUUACUGGUCGUUGACCCUACCCCCACCGCCGGCUCAACAUUUGCAAAUGAACGUCCUUCUACUGGCUACAGCCCCUCGCCAUCUCCAACUUAUGGCACUACGCCGGGUGUGUAUACGGACAGCAUUAAUCCUACAUUGGGCGCUACAACACCGAACGGUGACCGUUUGUAUUUUUCCCACGACAUUUAUCCAUUGUAUAAGUAUCCGACACUUUAUGAACCAAAUUAUCCCGCGCCUAAUGACGAUGUUUAUAUACCAGGUGGCUAUGCUUCAAAUGUGCCAGAGGUACAUGAUAGCUAUCGACCACCUGGUCAUAACCCCACUGAAGAUACGCAAAGUCCUCCACAUGGUCCACCGCGUCCAAUCUUUGGUUUAGGUUAUGGAAAUGGAUUUAGUUAUGGGCGCCCGGAAUCAUAUGAUCCUACAACGACACGACCAUAUGAUCAAAGUUCUCAAGCUGAUAGAGAUCGUGAUCAAAAUCGACCUGGCAGCUAUACAACUCGUCCUGGUCCAUAUUCCAGUGAUCGUCCAGAUCGACCUAGUUCUUAUCCAAGUGAAAGACCCAAUUCAUAUCCUAGCGACCAGCCCGAAAGACCUGGUUCUUAUCCGAGCGAAAGACCCAGCCGCCGCCCUGAUAGACCCAACUCUUAUCCCAAUGAACGUCCAGAGAGACCGGAAUCAUAUCCUAACGAGCGUCCCAGUACCUAUGCCAAUGAUCGCCCUGGUCAAACUAAUUCUUACCCUAACGGCCGUCCCAUUCCAGCUGACACAUAUUCUAGUGAUCGACCAGUUGGUCCACCAAAUUCUUAUCGUCCCACGCGACCGGAGUAUGACCCUACAACGCCUACGACUUAUUACACACGUCCUGAAUAUGAUGGUCUCAAUAGACGCCCAUCAUACGAGCAGCGCCCUUCAUCUGCGCUACCCACCACAAUGUCCAAUGGACUGCGGCCACCGGGUGAUUUCGUAGAUUACACCAAUCGGCCGGAUGCAUCAAAUGGCAAUGGUUUGAGUACAUCAAUGCGCCCACCAAUGCGUGAGCCUGUCGGCUAUGGUGGUGGAUCGAAUGUCGAUUAUGGUUAUGUUAGACGAAAUGGUACCGCUGCACGUCCAGAUGGCGGUUAUGAUGGUGAUAAGACCAUAGCAACUUACUUUAAUCCGGAGGACUACCUAAGUGGCAACAAAAGACGUCCAGGUAAUGGAUAUGAUGACCGAGAUGACGGAAGCUUUAGCAUGGAUAAGAUGAAAG